CUGAGACCUAAAAAAUUUGUUUGAUAAAUUAUUUUUUGUUGUAACAAAUAUAUAUCGUUAAUUAGCAUUGUGAUUGUAUACCUCAAUAACUGACCAGCUGAUUGUUCUUCAAUUAUAUCUUUUAGCUUCAAUGCAUGAGUUGUAUUUUAUUGAGUUUCAUUCUUUUCCCUUGAAUAAAAACUUCAGCUUUAAUGGUUUUAUAUGACGGUUGCUAAGACAAAGCCACUAAUCCGUAUAUUGACUUAACAUGAAACAUAUGAAAACAGUACUUGGAUCGUUUUUUUAAAUUCCGAUUUUGAACUUUAGUUAGUCAGAAAUACAAGUGUUACACUGUUUGGUGAGUUGAUUUUGACAACAGAUUGAAGUUGUUCGAGUUCAAGGUCAUCCCAACAUUUAAUUCAACUCACUUCUAUACGAAGUUCGAUAUUUCUUUCAGCCCAACCGCCCAUGUUUAUGUGAUAAAACAAUCAACCAAUCGAAAUAUAUGCUUAUGAUGGAUGAUGAUUUUUAUAAUGAUUCAAUUGGAGAUCAAAUUCUUUUGGAAUUAAAUAUCACUAACUUUACACCAACGUUAACUGACAAAAACAAACAAACUACGACAUCAACUAAAGAUGAAAUUAAUGGUUUAAAUGAUAACCCACAUUCAUUAAUAACCAUACCAGAUCAAUUUUUUGAUUUCCCCUAUCCGAAACCAUAUUCACAACAACUUGAAUUGAUGCAAACAGUCUAUAAGACAUUAGAAUCUAACUGUUGUGGUAUAUUUGAAAGUCCAACUGGUACUGGCAAAUCAUUGAGUCUAUUAACAGCAACAUUACGUUGGCUUUUAGAUUAUAACGAAAAACAGGUUUUAUUAUUAAAUAGUCUUCAAUCUCAGUUAAAAUUAACGAAUCAUGAAAAUAAAGAGAAUAAUUCUAAGGAAUACGAUUGGAUAGUAGAAUAUGAUAAAAAUCGUUUAUUAAAAAAACAAAUUGAACCACAAAUCGAAGAUCUUUUGAUCUAUCAAUCUAAUUUACAAUUAAUUGAGAAAAUGAAAUCAUCUUCCUCAUCAUUACUGUUUAAACAUCAAACUGACUUUUUAAAUGUUGAUGAUAUGACCAUAACUGAAGCGAAUAUUGAAAGUAUUGAUAUUGAGCAAUUGAAAAAUAUAAUAGACAAUACCAAUGAUCAGUAUGACUGCGAUGAUGAAUUAUUUUUAUGUAAACCUGAUGAAAACUUAUUCGAUAAAAAUAAAAUUAUCGAAUUAGAUGAAAUUGAACUGGAACAACAGUUUGAAAGUCAAGAACAACAAAAAUCUGAUAAUGGAUUAUUACAUGUAAUUUAUUGUAGUCGUACUCAUUCACAACUCGGACAAAUAGCCAAAGAAUUUGCAAAAUGUAAAACAUUAUUUAAUAAAGUCACAAUAAUUCAAUUAUCAUCAAGAAAUUUGUUAUGCACUAAUGAAACCAUUUAUCAGUUAAAACACCCAGAUUUAAUUAAUAUUGCUUGUCUUGAAUUGAAUCGACCGCGUAAUCGUGAGCAAGGUCAAUCGAAAGGUUUCAGAUGUCCAAUGCGUAACUCAACAGCUGUUAAUAAUUUAUCCAAGCACCUAUUAAUUGGUAAUUCAGCUUUAAAUAUAACCAGUAGUAUUAGAGAUAGAAAGUCAAGUAAGUCAUCUAAAUCGAUCAAUGUUUUGAGUAAUUCCUUGAAAAAAUACCAAAAAGACGAGAUGACAGUAAACGAUAUCCAAUUGUCGUCUCAUAUUGGGUGUCCGUACUACGCUAAUCGUAAGGGAUUACCAUUAGCUCAAUUAGUUUUAGUACCAUAUUCAUCAUUGUUACAACCAUCAAAUCGUUUGACAUCUGGUUUAAAACUAAAAAAUUCAAUUGUUAUAAUUGAUGAAGCGCAUAAUUUGUUAGAAGCAACAGCGUCAUCAAUGUCAGUCAGUUUGUCGUUGGUGAAUGAUUUAUACAAAUUAGAAGAGUUAUUUUCUGGUUAUUUACAGUAUUAUCGUUCACGUUUAUCUUCAUUUCUUACAUUAAGACUACGUCAAAUGAGACAUUUUAUACAACAAUUAAAACUUUAUUUAAAUACUACACUUAAAAAUAUUCAAUUAUCAUUAUCUUCCAUAUCGGCUAAUGUUAUCAUUAAAACAGUGAAUAAGUUAUUUUCGGAAUCGAACUUGGACAACAUGAAUUUAAGUGAGUUUAUCGAUUGUUUAGAAUAUCAACACUUUAUCAUGAAAUUAAUUAGUUUCUCUAAAUGGUCUAAUAAUAUACAAGAAACGCCGAAACAUUUAGAAAAUGUUGCAAUUAGCCAAACAGCUUGUUCACAAAUGACAAAUUUAUUAAACACUAUGAAAAGAAAAUAUUCUGAUGAGAAUAACCAAUAUGGAGAUACAAGUCAGGUUUGUAUUUCGAAUAAAAAAUCUAAAAUAGAUAUUGAAAAGUCUGAAGGAAUUGGCUCCAGUUUAUUUAAAUUUCAUAGCUUUCUUAAAGCUUUAGAAUUUUGUGAAGAAGAUGCACGUAUAAUUAUUGAACCUGUUAAGAACUCAACAAAAUUAAAUCUAUCAAUCUCCUCAUCUGAUAUGUUGUCUUCGUCAAGUAAUCUUACAGAUGAUACUCAAGAUUUGUGUUUACGUGUGGUAUUUUUAAAUCCUGGAAGGUAUUUAAAAGAUCUAGUACAAGAAGCUAGAAGUGUCCUUUUAGUCGGUGGUACAAUGCAACCAUUCAACGAAGCCAUUGAACAAAUAUUUAUACCAUCUGGUAAAUUAUCCAAUCAAAUCGUCACGUUUACAUGUGAUCAUGUGAUUAAUGCGAAAAAACAAUUAGCUGUUUAUCCUUUAGGUGUACAUAGCCAUCAAUCGAAUGGGGAAGUAUUUUCAUUAGAUUUCACAUACCAGCUCAUCAUUUGGGUUUACUUACACUCCAGUAACUCAACAAAUAAAGUAUUGAGCGUUUGAAGUGAAGGUUACUGGGUUCGAGUCCCUGUAUGAAUGUCAAUACCAGGAUACAAGUACAUCCAGUUGACGAGUCCGAGAUAGGACUAAAUAUAUGUUCUGAAUCACACUUCUAACCACUUUCCGUGUAUUUUUUAUGUUUAGAUUUUCAUUACAGUUGAAAUUAACUUUACAUUCGCUGCCAGUCUGGUUAAUUGUUUCUCUCUCUUUCAUUAUGUUAGUGCGAUGUAUAUGACAUCUCGGAACAAUACAUAUUCGUACCAGUUCUCUUUAAUGGUAAUUGACUGAUAAACAGACUAUUGCAAAGAUUGUCUAUCUCUUUGUAGCUAUUUUCUUACCUUAAUUUACUGUUGGCAUUAAAUGAUAAACAAAUACAAAAAUGUGGUUUCUUUACGAAAGAAACGGAAUAUUUCGGAUUCUCUUGAUCUUCGUCAAAUUAUUCUUGUUAUAGUUUCAUUCCAACUGACUUCAUAGUUCCGGAUUUCGUUGUACAAGUCAUUUUCGUUUUUUAGCUAUCCAAAAGUAUUUAAUCCAUAUUUAAUAAUAAUAUGACUUUUUGUCUCUUGUGUCAUUGAUUAUUUAUUUUCUUUCCAAGUAAACAUGACCUUCAGACAUCCUGUCCUUCAUCGAAAAUAAAUGUAGAUUUAUAUAAAAGAAAAGACCAUUAUUGUCUAGCCAUGAAGAUGAAUGUCUGUAAAAAAUUGACGGUUAUUAAAUAAAUGCUUAGUUUAUAAGAUGUUAUACAGAAUUAUCUUAGGAAACGACGAUAUUAGGCUCCUUCAAAUGAAUGUAGAAUCUAAGACGCAAGUUUCAUUUUAUUUGUAACUCAUCAGGAGAUCCUAUCAGUGUUCAUAAUGAGACUCGAAUCUAGCAGUGAUUUCUUUAGACAUCAACGUGUUUUCCAUUGAGAUACUGAGUCCAGAUAGUUACUUACUUGUAAAACCAGUAUUAAGGUAUUCUUUGUUUUUGUAUUCAGGACUGCAAUUAAUCAGUUACAACCCAAUAAUCCUAAAACUUGUGGCAAAAGGGCUAUAUUAGAGGCAUUCUUGUCAGGAUGCACAUGUGGCAAUACAAACUGAUCAAAAUCCAGUCCCGAUCAUCAAUCAUGAGAAAUUAUAAACCCUUUAAGUUUAAAAACAUUCAUCUCUUUUAUAUCGGUAGCAUUUUUAGAUAAGCGUAAGGCAUGAUCCCUUGAAAUUGUAUGAAUCAAACUUAAGAAUCUUUGUAUUCAAAAUGCAAUUAAAAAACCAUGUUUUAGAACAUCUACCUUUAUUGAAAUAACUGAACGGUAUCACUAUACUGUAUAUGGUGUAUGUAGUUUAUUUUUGUAAAUGAAUUUGUUUACGUUUACUUAAAUUUAUUCAUUCAUAAGUCUUAGAAAUUAUCUGUACCUACUACCUUAUUUAUGUAUAACAUAACACUGAGUAUUACCAAUGUAUAAGCCGUAAAAAGUAAAGUGGCAAUAUUUCUGAAUAAGCGUGAAACAAAAUCAUAGGAAAACAGAACAGGGAUGAAAUUCAAGUAAACACUGUGACUAAGUUAGAUUUCAUCCGAUUAAAAGGUAGAUCUUACUGUUCAUAAGGGAAACAGGCGGAUAAUAUUGAGCGAUCAUCACUGAAAGUACCUACUCUGAACUAUUACUGGUAUUAAUCUCAAGCUGGUGAGUUAUGCGAUCUCAUACAGCGAGCAGUAGCGAACUUUCAUUCCACUGAACUAUUAUAUCGUAAACUAUUCAUUUUAUUCUUCACUCAGUCUCAUCACCAACAAAUAAUGUUGAAUACAAAAGUACGUACUUCAUUUCACUUCUGACCAGUAUCCUAAAUUACAAUGUACGUUAACUCAUUAACAGAACAAGUAGUAUUAUUUAGUUAUUCACAUACGGUGGAUAUGUGUAGCCAUACGAUUUCACAUCAAUAUUUUGUCUGUAAGUUGUGCUUUUAGAUAUCGAUUUCAUCAUAUUUUGUUGCAAAAUUUAAUAUCCUUUGAGAAGUUCCUAGAAUAUUGGAGUUAUCUACAAACCUAUCAAUAAUUUUGUCGUUUAUAUAUGAGCCGAUCUUAAAAGCAAAGAUUCUGUCCAUAAUUUAUGCUUUUUCUCUGCUGUUCCGGGUUCAAGUGUAUGAGAAUUCUGAAGAUUUAAGAAACAGCUAGGAACUUAUUAUCAGGAGUUUAAGUAUAUGGUGUAUCAGCUUAUGUAUAUCUAAAAAAUGUAUAAUCAUUCUCUUCUUGUUCUUUCGAAAUUGAUAUAAAAGUGUACAUUGGAAUAUUUACUAAGAACAUCAACCGUAUUUACCAUUAUACUAUUCAUGUACUCUGGAAUUCGUUUCAUACUAAAAGUUAAUUAGAUUCUGAACAAUGGCUAGCAGUAAAACGCAGGAUGCGUGUGUUUGCCUUGUCAGGAUACAUUUUGUAACGAACGAGAACUUAGGUGUAUUUGAUGUGUGGGAGAGGGAAAUAAUGAUUCGUUGUUUGUUUAUUCAGACUAGUAGGAUGGUCUGACAGGCAUUAAAUGAGUCAUGUAUUUUCCUACCCUUAUUACUAUUGUUGUCCGUUUUUGAUGUCGGACUAGUUACGUGUUCUUGGUCUGAGUUGUGUCGAAGUCCUGAAGAAUAAACACUGGAAGGGUAUCUAGUGUAGAUAUUCGUCCAAGGUAAAUUAACAUCUCAUUCAUGUAGACAGAAAAAUAGCAUUUUAACAUUAGCAGUUUAUACAAAAUUGCAGAGUGCCUUCAUAAAAUAUGAAAACCAUACAUUAAAUAAAUUAUUUACACAUCUUCCUUCAGUUUUCCUGUACAUGCUUCAUAAUUCUUCCAAUCUUGUUAAUACAAUUACUCUUCAUUUUGCUUGUUGUUCUCUUCAGUUCAGUCUUCAGCUGGCAUUCAUACUACUUACAUCUGUCAGCACAAGUAGCAUACGCUACAUUACUAGCUGAAUAUACUCAUAUCUCAGUGUUAAAGUUUACAUCGAAGCUCGGAUCUAUUUUCUACCAAUUCGAAUUCCCAUAUGUGUUUACUCCUACAGUAUUAAUCAUCGAAUAUAACUGCACUAAUAUCAUUGUAUUGCAUUGCGAUUCAAAUCUAAGUACUAAGACUGAAGCCAAGCAUACAGUUAUUUUAUUGUUUAUUGCCUGUUAACUAGUCAUAUUCUUAUCAAUUAUGUUCUUAACUUCCUAUAUCUAUAGUAAAUGUUUUUCUUUGUACGUAAAAACUGAAUUCAGUUUUAUAUUUACUACAUAUCUUUUAGAACCGUUCUAAUCCACAUAUGAUAGAUGCAUGCGGUGAAAUAAUUUUACAAAUAUGUCAACAACUGCCUGGUAUGUUAAACUGUUUUUUCGGUAACGAAAAACUUAACUGUAUUUCACAUGAUGAUUCGACAGUAACCAUUAUAAACUAAGAGGGUAUAAAUGGAUUGCUAUUCGUUCUCAUUUUAAAACUCUACAACAUAUAAGUUUGAAUCCUUGAUCUUAGAAUCUCGGACAUCGGAUGGAAGCAAUCUUUCAAAAACAACUAUAAUCGAAGUAUGGAGUCUGCGAAACUUUCUCAGCUGCCCCCAAAUGCUCUGGUACGGCCGAGAGUGGGGAGAGUCAGCUCUCAGAUGGUCACGAGUAUACUGCCACUUUCAGGGAUGUUAUACUCAUUGCCUUCUCGCGGCGGGAGUAUUGUUUACGAAAUUGAGACGACGAAAAAGGAGUGUCUGGCGCUUUAACCGGGUUUGUGGAUACGAAUGAUCCACCUAAGGGAGUUGUAAAAUUCAAAUUCAAAACCAAUGGUACACAUUGGCUGCAGAAUACUGAGGAAACAAAUGGUGUAUGAGCCUAUUGUUAGUCACUGGCUACCAUGGGACUGCAUCUCCUGACGUUGCUCCACUAUCUUGUGGAUUAAACCUGUAGGUGAAUGGUUCGGGGAGUGGCUACCUAAGAAAACCAUUUGCUCCCGUACUUAUGGAUUUACUUCGACUGUUACACUGUCAUCAGCACUCGAAACUAUCUUCACGCGCAAGCUUCUCAACUGAUUCCAAUGUCCAAACACAAAGGAUAAGUUUGAGCAUAAAUUCCUAUUAUAAGUACUUGGUAGUUAGUUUGGUAUUAAUUUGAUAAAAUCCCCAGAGAAGUCAAACUAAGAUAAGAAAAUUAUCCCUAAAUUUAUUAUGUGGUAAGCUAAAUUGCGUAAAAGUUGGUGUCUACUAGAUAACUGUGAGUGAACUUGCUCUGUUUUCCCAUCACCUGUAAACCUUCAUAUAGGCUCAAUCAUUUGGUUUAUGUACAUAAAUAUAUAAAGUAGUUUUAAUGAGCUAAAAGGUGUCUGCAGAAAUCUUUUUCUAAUGAGUACUGUUAUACCACAAGCGCUAGUAACAUACUUCUCGAUAAUUGUUUUCGAUUUGAUUGGAUUAUAUGGUAGUGGCUGAAUGUCAAACCGUUAACGGUCAAUUUUGUACAAUUGGAUUGUUUAAGCUGCUCAAUCUAAGGCUAAUAAAUGGAGUGACUGAAUUUGAAAUUGGAAUAGUGUGUAUGAACUAAUAAGGCUACCCUAUUCUUAUCAUUAUCAUCUAAGCUAAACAUGUUUAUUGUUAUUAUUUUUGGGCAUUGUGAAGGUUGCUGAGUCACAUGUUCUAUCAGUGAUGACGUCUUGGGUGUGUACUACUGAUAAGUCAUAUACUAAGGGAAACAGUCGUCUAGUGCGUUUUUAGUGUUUGUUUUGUUCGUUGUUACCAUGUAUUUCUGUUAUAUAUAUACAUUGACGAGAAAGGCUUUUAGUGAUUUUAUUGUAAGGUUACUCCUUGAAAUAGACAGUAAUGAGCUUUACCAAGUGGAAAAAGUAAGACUAUAAACAUAUAGUUUACUAGCUUGAUUACUCGCCAUUCUUAUCUCAUAGUUCAGUUCUGUCAUCUAGGAUACGGCUUUGCAUUCUUUAACGCUGUGUGUGAAUAUUUAAUACCUAGAUUAUUUAAGUUGGGAAUCCACAAAACUCACUGUAUACCUACGGUUUUCCACAAUGUAGAAAAUGUCAUAAGCUGUAUUACAUGACAGAUGGGAAUUCCUAUCAUUUUCAAUACUUUGUAUUGCGUAAAGAUUUGCCAAGUUUUCUAAAAAUAACUACACAUUGGUAAGCAAUCCAGUAGAUACACAACCGCUUAUCGCAUAUCGAAUGUUUAGAAGACAAAUAAAGGCGUUGCCAAAUAAAUCCGUAUGGUAAGAGGGGUACAGUCGUGAAUAAUAAAUUACAUUAAUAUCACACAAUGAGGUUAGUAACAUAACGCAUCAAUAACUUAGAUACUAGACACAUAUUUCUGAGACUACAAGUUGUGAGUCUGCCAAUAGCAUUAGUCUUCCAAGGUCAAGACCAUCUCUCAGACCGUUUAUGUCCUAGCAAGUUUAUCUCCGUGUUGUUCUGUCAUACAUCACGUGACCAGUUUAUUGCAGCUGAGUUACAAAAUUUAUGACUCAUGCUAGUUUGUUUAAUCCAACACAUGAUAGCUAUAUGGUCAGAAUUGUUGCGUGGGUGGUCCUCCUGUGUUUGUACAUUUAAAUAAAUAUUGUAGUUUGAUAAGCUAGCUAUCUAUGAGCAAUGCCUUUGAUAAAUAUCGUCGUACACUUUAAAAACCUCUCUAUUUUUGAAAUGUAAUUAGACAAAGAUGGAAGCAACUUUCUUAAAGUUCUUUCAGAUUAAACAUUCUGCAUCUAGCGCUUCUUCGUUCGAAGGUUUUUAAUAGUCAUCAUUUUAACACUUGAAAUGAAAUAAACAGUGUUUUUAUAUCAAAAUAAUUUUCUAUGAUGAGCUUAGAUUUUUAAAGAAAAGAAAAGAAAACCCUUUUUCCAAUACGAAUGAUUACAGAAAUGGUCUUUUUUUCUUAAGUACUUAUUGUACUUGACAUUGUUAUGAGUGAAUGGAUGUUAAUAAAAAUUUAGAUUAUUGAGUCGUAUAUGUACAUAUACAGCGUUAAUUAUCAUUCGCUUUUACUAUAAAUUAAAUAGAUGUAGGUAAAGAAAUCCCUGUAUUAUUAAUUAUGAUUUAAAAGUCAUUUUUAUUUAUUUAUUUAAACACAAACAUUAGUACAAGGAGGCACCAAAUAGAUAUUCGCCACAUAAAUCAUUUGAUUGCGUGAGGGCUAGAAUACUGACCAGGCACCAUGACAAAAUCAGAUAGAUUUCUUAGGGAGCCACACCUCAAGCCAUUCACCUACAGGUUUAAUCCACAAGAUAGUGGAGCAACGUCAGGAGAUGCAGUCCCAUGGUAGCCAGUGACUAACAAUAGGUUCAUACACUAUUUGUUUCCUCAGUAUUCUGCAGCUAAUGUGUACCAUUGGUUUGGAAUCUGAAUUUUCCAACUAUCUUAGGUGGAUUCUUAAUAUCGAUCAACCCGGUUAAAGCACCGGGCAUUGGCUUUUCAUCCUCAACAACACUCCUGCUGAGAGAAGAUAAUGAGUAGGACACUCGUGGCAGUGGUUGUAUGCACGUGGCCAUUUGGGGACAAUGAACUCGGUGAAUUACAGCAUUGUUUUUAAACAGUCUGGAAUUGUUGUGUUUACUCCAUCUUAUGAAUAUCAGUCAAUUUUACAUAAUCAUUGGGAGGCGACAGGUUUACUGAAUAAAAUAGCAAAGUAUAAAAGUUUCUUUCACGAACCAAAAUCAACAACACAAUUAGAUCAAAUUUUAGAUAAUGCAAGCUUAUGGAGUAGCAGCUACUCAAAAAUUGCAGCAUAAACAUGGAGCCCUUUUGCUAUGUGUGAUUGGUGGAAAACUCAGUGAAGGAAUAAAUUUCACAGAUGAUUUAGCUCGAGUUGUGAUCAUUAUCGGCAUGCCAUAUGCAAAUCCACAGUCCCCAAUUUUAAGAGAAAAAAUGAAUUAUUUGGAUAAGCAUUUCAUUCGUGAAUCCCAAUCUACACAAAAUCCAGGUAGGCAAUAUUAUGAGACAAUGUGUAUGCGUUUAAUAAAUCAAGCUAUUGGUCGAUCUAUACGACAUGCAAAGGAUUAUGCUGUUGUCUUCUUAUUGGAUAAUCGGUACUAUCGUUCAACGAUUCAAUCACAAUUACCUAAAUGGGUUCAACAAAGUAUUAUUCAUCAACAAUCAAAUGAUAAACAAUCGAUUUUACUGUCAUCGUCAAAUCAUCACAGAAAAUUCUUAAAUUUAUCAGAAGCUUUGGAGCAUGCUAAGAGAUUUUUCUUAAGUAACAAGGAGUGUUUAGAAUAGAAAAAAUGAUUCCUUUUUGGAAAAAAAACGAGGGAAAUUGACUUGGUGUGUAAUCUUUGUUUUUAGUCUUACAUUUUUUCAUUCUCACGAUACUUUUUAUGUAUUCAGGUACUUUUUCUAAAAAUUGCAAUUCAUAAUGUGAGGCAAGGAAAAUGUUUGGGUGUAAUGGUGAUCAGAUUUCAAUUAGAAGAAUGAAAGUCGAUUUCAAUGCAUUUAAUUAAUAGAUUAUUUUUUUAUUAUCUCUGUUUAUCAAUUAAUGCAAUUCCUGAUUGAAUAAAUUUUCUCAUUACUUAUUAUA